GUGGUGAAUUACGCACCAUUCACGCUGCUCCCAUCCGCAGUGCCACGGGCCCUGUUUGAACAAGCUUAUGCUGUUCAGGAAGAUUUUAACCUGCUGGUGGAUGCCAUCAGUCAAAACAAAGAGUUCCUGGAGCGAACUCUGGCCAGCACCAUCAAGGUGGAUGACUUCACAGCUCAACUCUUCAGGAUCUACAUGCAAGUUUUGGAGGAAGGCUUGGCUCAGUCUGUGUUUUUAGGCAUCAACCGCUCUGACUACAUGUUUGACUGUGGGGUGGAUGGCACAGCAGCUCUGAAGCAGAUAGAAAUAAACACCAUUGCUGCCAGCUUUGGGGGCCUCACCUCCCGCACUGCAGAUGUGCACAGGCUGGUGUUGAAAGUACUGGGAAAGACUGAGGAGGCAUCACACCUGCUGCCCAACAACCCGUCAAAGGGACUGGCCUUCGCAAUUGCAAAAGCCUGGGAGCUCUAUGGUUCCCAGAGUGCUGUGGUGAUGUUCCUGGUGGAGGAGGUCCAGAGGAACAUUUUUGAUCAGCGAUGUGUAGAAGAGGAGCUUUGGAACAGGAAUAUCCGGGUGAUCAGGAGGCGUUUCCGAGAUGUGUUUGAGAAGGGCUCUCUGGAUGGCAGCAGGAGGCUGGACGGCCAGGAGGUCGCAGUGGUGUACUACAGAGAGGGCUAUGUGCCACAGAACUACGACGAGAAGAACUGGCAGGCAAGGCUGCUGCUGGAGCGCUCGCGGGCGGUGAAGUGCCCUGACAUUGCCACCCAACUCGCAGGCACCAAGAAGGUGCAGCAGGAGCUGAGCCUCCCAGGGACACUGGAGAGAUUGCUGCCUGGCCACCCUGAGGCUGUCACUCGAAUCAGAGCCACGUUUGCUGGGCUGUAUUCCCUGGAUGAGGGCGAAGAGGGUGACAAGAUAGCUGCCACAGCCAUCGCUGACCCCGACCGGUUUGUGCUGAAGCCUCAGCGAGAAGGUGGAGGGAACAACCUCUAUGGUGAAGAGCUCAAGCAGGUUCUGGAGAAGAUCAAAGACAGCCCUGAAAGAACCUCCUACAUCUUGAUGGAUAAGAUCAAACCACAGCCAGCACUGAAUUACUUGCUGAGGGCUCACAGUCCACUACAGGUGUCCGAAUGCAUCUCUGAGCUUGGUAUCUUUGGUGUCUACGUCAGACAGGGCCAGAAGAUGGUGCUGAACCAGGCUGCUGGGCACCUGCUGCGCACGAAGGCCAUCGAGCACGCGGACGGUGGCGUGGCAGCUGGGGUGGCCGUGUUGGACACUCCAUACCUGGUGUGA